ACAGCCUGGUGGUCGGGCGUUGCCCGAUCGUCGACUCGAGACCUGUGCGCGCUGCCGCUCGACGGACGUUGAUGUGUCGUGUCUUCAUCGAUCAUGGGCAGGAUGCCAACAUCUUCGAGGGCCGCGUCGCCGGGUGGCGAUAUGUUGUGUCUCUGAACAUCGCGGUGGUGGUGCCGAGGUCGAGGGGAGGUGACGAAGAGGGCGAGAGAUGGGAAGACAACCCGACAUAAAGGUACCGAGGGAGGUUGCCAGACACGACACAGGGCGAGCGCGAAGAGAACGCGAGGAAGGGCGUGCGCGCAAUCGAGGAUGCCCGCAGCCUGGGAGAGGUAGGUUCCCUGACGAAUACCCUCUUGACAGGACGGACAAGCCAGCUCUCGCCUGGACGCACCGUCCGCAUCGAGGAGACCACGCAGUUGACAGCGACACAGACGUGCGCACGACUGGGAACACAGUCCACACGCGAAUCACCGCGCCGUCAACGGAUCGGCAGGUGAUGAGACGAGAAGGCACCAAUGCCUCGUAUACGCAAGUCGACGGGACGGCGAACAUCGCUUGUCCAUGCGGGCAGCAUACCCCUCGGGGGAGAAGCAAUCGUGCAAGUGUACAGCGCACGCCAGGCUACGGCGUGCGUGCGGCGACGCUAUCGAGCAACAGAAGGUCAAGACAAAUUGGGAGCGUAGACGGCUGUGACCCGACGUACCUGCGUCGACAAUGCCUCGAUUGGAUGGCAACCAGUCGCUACGUCGUCCGUCCAGUCUGCGCAACAAACGUGCAAUGUCGUGCUUGGAGGGAUGGCCUUGUCUCGCAGAAGGGUACGACCACUGUGCACACAUCUUCGCGCGAAUAGUCCGUUGCGUGUGCGCAGAGUCGGUUGGUGCGACCCGUGGAUACCAGCGAGACGACGGCGGACGCGAGCCAACGCAACAGCGCACGACGGCGGACAUCGCGGGCUCGCUGUCCUGUGGACGCAAGGCGUUUGCGUAGUGCUCGCUGUGCAGACGGCUGGUGAUCAGAGCUCAGCAGAGGUCCGCGCGUGAUCUAUGGAAACAUACCUUCGAGGCCAACUCCUCGUGGAACGCACAGCCGGGUAUGCUCGUUACCAACAUGGGGCAUUGUGUGCGACGAUGAAGGAGACAUGAUGAGCCCGUGCUGA